AUGGCGAUGGCUUCUAUACUUCCCGCAACAUCUGGCGUAGGCGAAAGUGAUCGUGUUCUCAAAUCCAUGGAUGCCAAUCGGUACGCGACGAAGAAAACCAUCGCCCAGGGCAUGCUGGACAUUGCGCUGCUGACAGCGAACGCGUCCCAGCUGAAGUACAUACUGCAGGUGGGCGAAAAGCACGAGUUCUACGGUCUAAUGCUGACGCUAAUCAGCAUCUCGAUCAUACUGCAGAUGCUUGUCGGCAUACUGUUCGUGGUGAUCGGUAGUUUAAACAUUAAUCGCAAACCCGACCAAACGGCUGCCAUCGUGCUGAACGAUGUUAUCCUGGUACUAAUAUUUGUCAUCUCACUGAUCAAUGUUAUCAUAUCCGGGUUCGGCAUGGAGUAUUCUUCGCAACCGCUUCGGUUACUCGAGCGCAUGGAACCGACGCAGUCUACCGCAUCUACGCAACCUAUGAAACCGUCCGUGGUUUGA